CGCGUUGCUGUCAAAUUAGCAGUCGCUGCUGUUAGUUCAAUAUUGGCAUUACAUUGGAAUGAGCCACUUCUUCAAAUGUAAAUCACUUGCUUCUUCAAAUGAGAUAUCUUUCUUUUCACUUACUUAUUCUUCAUUGUGCAGUCAAUGUGUCAGGAGGCAUUCAGAUUGCUUAUUCUUUGCUUUGUGUUCCUUUCUUCAGAUCCACAAAACUCACACCUUUGCCAGAAACUCUUGUAGAUGGGAAGCGCCAAAUUUUUUAUCAGGUCAGAAUUUCUCAUUUUACUUGUGUUUAACUGUUAAAAUUAUUUGUGCUUGCAAUUAUCAGAUGGAGAAGAACAGAGGGUUAACUCGUGCUCGGAAGAAGCUAACCAAAAAUCCAAGAAAGAAGCACAAGUUGAAACACCAAAAAGCAGUGGUGCGUAGGAAGGGACAAGUGCGAGAUAUCAGGAAGCCAACUGCUACUUAUGGUGGGGAAGCCUCGGGUAUUAAUGCAGCAAUCAGCCGCAGCAUUAGGUUUAAGAGCUAGUCAUUGUGGUGCUGCAUUUGCAUUUUUGGAAUAUAC